AUGGAGAGUCUCCUCAGGGAUCCUGACACUUCUCUUUGUGACUCCACUGAAGCAGAGGACAAAGAUGAAAGUAUCCGUUCGUCUCACAUAUUCGUCUCAUCCUCUUCUCUGGCUGAAGAUAAGACUCAUCCCGCUGAUGACAAAUCACCUCUUAGACCCAAGAGUCCAGGGGGCAGCUUUGACCCUCCUGGCUUUUUAGAGAAAUAUGUUGGCAUUGUGACGUUGCCAAACCAAGUCCAACAGAAAGCAGUGAAAAAGGGAUUUGUGUUCAAUCUGAUGGUUGUUGGUGAGUCUGGCUUAGGCAAAUCCACUCUUGUCAACAGCCUUUUCCUCACAAACCUCUAUAUGGACAGAUGCAUGCCUGAUGUUUCAGAGAAGAUAGCUCGGACAGUAUCAAUAACGAAAAGCACUUUAGACAUUGUUGAAGAGGGAGUAAAUCUAAGACUCACUGUUAUCGACACCCCUGGUUUCGGAGAUGCCCUUAAUAAUCAUGAAAGCUGGAAGGCCGCAGUUCAUUAUGUAGAUCAGGAGAUGGAGAAGUACCGCAGAAAUGAGAUCGGGCUGAACCGUAAAAACAUAACAGACAACAGAGUGCACUGCUGUCUGUACUUCAUUUCACCUCAUGGCCAUGGUCUCAAACCAAUUGAUGUGAACUUUAUGAAAGCCCUGGAUCAGAAGGUCAACAUUGUGCCUGUGCUGGCUAAAGCAGACAGCCUCACUCCAAAAGAGACCUGCAAUAUGAAGGCAAAGAUUUUGACUGAAAUUGACAAAUUCAAAAUCAGGAUCUUCCAGGUCCCAGAGUGUGACCCGGAUAAUGGAGAUCUGUUCAAGCAGCAGACUCUAGAGUUAAAGAGAAGUAUACCCCUUGCUGUUAUUGGGAGUAAUACAGUAGUAGAGAGAAACGGCAGGAGAGUUCGAGCCCGUGUCUAUCCAUGGGGCAUUGUAGAAGUUGAGAAUCCAUCUCACAGUGAUUUUGUGCAUCUGAGGAACAUGUUGAUCCGCACACACAUGCAAGACCUGAAGGAUGUGACACGGGAAACUCAUUACGAGAAUUACCGCGCUCAGUGCAUCCAGAAUAUGACCCGCAUGGUGGUCAGGGAGAGGAAACGCAGUCUGUGUAACCGGCUAAGAGACAGCGCCUCAGACCUUCCUGUGCCUCUGAUGCCUGUGGACAGCGAGACUGAGCGCCUUAUUUGGGAGAAAGAUGAAGAGUUGCGCCGAAUGCAGGAAGUUCUGGAAAGGAUUCAGGAACAGAUGCGUCAUGGACAUUAAGACAGACUAAUCAAUUAAUUUAAAUGAGUUUACAAUAGAAAUAUGGCUUGAGAUGUCAAAGGUUUAAGCUGC